AUUUGAACCAAUAGAAGGUCGUUCAAGGCCAUAACGGAGAGCGCGGUAGAGUUCAAAUACCAGCAUCUCAGUACCAAAAAUUUUACGAGCUGACUGAUGGCUCGAAAACGAACAAAGUGGGAACUAGUUCAUCAAUUUGUUCAUGAAGUCGUUGACUUCAGCUCUCAGUAUGGAUCAGAAAGUGGAACUGGAUUUACAGCGGCAAAUAUUGUUGGUCCGUGUCAAGUGUAUCCAAAUUAUUGUGAUUCCAACGCAACAGCAGCUUUUCGAACUUACGGUAAAUGGUGGCGUAAUAGUCCAAGUAGUUUAAAACCGAUCAAUUUAACGCCUGAUGAUAAUGAUAAUUAUACUAGUGAAGAUUAUGUUGAUUUAUACUUUGAUGUACCAGUAAUACCAGUGUGUUUACAAAUUUAUGAAACUUAUAAUCCAGGUGCUAUUGUACGCAUUUCAGCUUGCUAUAGACGUCAACCAGAAAAUAGUCCAGUUAAUAUGCGUAAACUUCAAUGGACUACUUUAUGGAAAUUAAAUUAUUCUAAUCAAGACAAAAAUCAAUUAGUUCAACUUCAACACACCGAUGACGACGAUCAUUGCCGUACACGGCAACAACAACAACAACCACUUCAGUUAACUUAUCAUUCUAAUAAUGUAUGCACUACUCUAGCUUGUCCAGAUGUUGUUAAUUGUAGGACAAGAUCAAUAUCUAAUAUGUAUCCUGACAGAUGUCUACCUGCAUUACCAUAUGAUGAUGAAAAUGCGUUUACGGUUCAAUAUUCAGAAUAUCUCCCUCAAUCACGUAUUUUUCAACCAAAAUUGUCCAAUGUUCGACCAUAUCCAACAGAUUUAUUACGAAUUGAAUUUGAUAGUACACGAUGUAGAUAUUAUACACAAAUUGAUGCUGUACGUUUAUCUGGUUGGGCUGAAUUAACGGAUACUACUAUAUCACGAUGGUCUGGACAACUUGAAGCCCCAUCAUCAUCAUCAUCAUUGGUAAUUGGUGUCAAUUCAGAUAGUGCAGAACAAUCAAAUAAUCGUUCACAAAAUACUUUAUCAUUCUUUUCUGAUUUAUUAAGACCGUGUACACCACGUUUAAGAGCAUCAUCAUAUGAUCUAACUGAUGAUUCGAUGGAUAUGUCGUUAUCAGAUGCUACAUUAUCUGGAUUAUCACCAGAUCGAUUAGAUGAUAAGAAUAUUGAUGAGGAUAAAUCUUCUUCAUCAGCAUUAUUACCAAUCUGUAUUCGUCGUAAAUCUUCUGGUUUGAUUCAGAUACCACCAGUUGGAAUGAAUUUAUUAUUAUUACAAAGUAGAAAUUUAGUUGCAUUGCCACCAGGUACAAUUUGUCAGUCUUCAUUAUUUGGUUUGACUUAUUUAAAUGAGGAUGCAUUAUGGCGUCAUGGACCAUUAACUCGUUUACCGUAUGAAAUUCUACUUCAUAUUUUCUCUUAUUUGGGUUUAAGAAGUUUACUUCGUUGUGCAUGUGUAUCUCGUCAAUUCCGUUGUCUAGUUAAAGAUACACUGGCUAAUAUGACUAGUAUAGAUCUUCAAUCAUUUUGGCCAAUAUUAAAUGAUUCAACAUUAAUUAGUUUAGGUAAACGUCUUGGUCAAGUUAAUUUGACUGCAAGAGCAGUUGUUGAAUAUUAUACAACGGGUCAAUCGUUAGUUGCACCAAUCACUUUAUUACGUCGUCAAUGUAGAGAAGAAGAACAAGAAGAAGUGAAUAAUGAUAAGAUUGAAAAUCAAUAUGUAGCUAAUCAACAGCACAAUUUAAGUACACGUUUCAAUUACCGUACUAAAACACGUGUCCAUACACCAUUUGCUGCACGAGUACGUAGUUAUAGUUCAAAUGCUGCUGCACGUUUACGUAAUCAUACUAGGUUAUUGGAUUCCAUUCCUUCCAAUAUACAAAAUAUAUUAGUGUAUAAUAAUAAAAAUUUUCCUGAAAAUGAAACUGUAAAUCAAAAUUUGAAUGUUAAAAUAUCCGAUAGUUCAGUAGAAGCAUUACAAGUACAAACAGAUGAAUUAAAUCAAGGUGAUUAUUUUGAAUUGCCAAAUUCUCAUUUACGACGUUUAGAUAUGUCAUGGUGUGGAAACUAUUCUAUGAUAUCACCAACAGCAUUUGGUCAUUUCCUCACUGAUGCUUGUCGUUAUUUAACUACAUUACGUUUGUCGAGUUGUAAAUUUCUUAACGAUGACUGCUUGUUACAUAUUGUCAAUACUUGUCCAUAUAUAAAAGAACUUGAUUUAUCAUCAUGUCUUGGUAUUACAUCAUAUGGUUUCUUAACAUUGGGUCGAUUAAUUCACUUACAAUGGAUAUCACUAUAUCGAACACAUAUUACUGAUAAUGGUUUAGCGAUAUUAGCUGAAUUAUGUCAAUAUUUAAAGCAUGUGAAUCUUGGUUCAUGCAUAUAUGUUAAUGAUAUGGAUCAUAUAUUGCAUGAUCUGACAAGAAAUAAUCCAAAUUUACGUUCAUUAAACUUAUGGCGAUCCAACAGUUUGACUGCUACAGGACUAUCAUCUAUAUCAGAACAUUGUUUACAAUUAGAAGAAUUAGACAUCGGUUGGUGUCGUAAUAUAGUUCUAACACAAGAAUCAAAUUGUAUUGUACAAUUAACUAGUCGUGUUCGACAUUUAAAAAAAUUAUUCUUAACCGGAACAAACCUUCUCAAUUCGGAAGAACUUCUGUUAAUUAGUCAAUGUUUAAAUGAAACUUUAGAACAAUUAGAUAUACAUGGUUCAACAAAUAUUACAAUAUCUGCUAUCGUUUCUAUGCUUAAUCAAUGUGAUAAAUUGAAAUUAUUAGAUGUAUCAUUUUGUUCAGAAAUUCAUUCAAUUCAUUUAAUUAAAUUAAGAUAUUUAUUUCCAUAUUGUACAAUCAUUGAUUCAAUACCAGAUAUGAAUGCAGAAAUAUUAGGUAAUCAAUUCCCUGAAAUGAUUAUUGAUGAAGUUGUUGAUGAUGAUGAUGACAAUAUUGUAGAAAAUCAAGAACCAUUAGUAGCAUUACCUGCACCGAAUCCAUUACAACAAGAUAUUGUUGCUUAUCAUUAUUAGAUUCAAUUAGUUUGUUCAUGUGUGUGUGUGUAAAGAGCAACACUUUGUUCAACAAUGCAAAUGAAUCCAAUGUAUUCGAAUCGGUUUACUUUCCAUAUAUAAAAACAGUUUUAUUUUACUUUUUGUUUAUGUUUUCUUUUUGUUUUUCUUUUGUUUAUAUUAUUUUAAUUUGUAUAUUUUAUUUUCAAAAUUCCAUCGCUUUAUUUCGUUGUGCAUUUCAAAAGAGACAAUAUAUUUAUGUGCUGUGAAUGAAUAAAUUGAAAAGAGUAAAUAACCACUAUGUAAAUUGAUC